AAAGGGCGAGGACACGCAAAUAUACCGAGCUGGUCCCACGGUGAGAGAAGUCCAAAUAUAUUCUUAGUUAUUAGUUUCCACACAGGACGCCUCAGCAAUGUCGUUUAUAUUUGACUGGAUCUACAAAGGCUUUAGCGGCGUGCUACAAUUUCUCGGUCUGUACAAGAAAUCUGGGAAGCUUGUGUUCCUGGGCUUGGACAAUGCCGGAAAAACGACUUUACUCCACAUGCUGAAAGACGACAGACUGGGACAACAUGUGCCUACACUACAUCCUACCUCAGAAGAGCUGACAAUUGCUGGAAUGACUUUCACCACGUUCGAUCUUGGUGGACAUUUACAAGCCAGGAGAGUAUGGAAGAACUACCUCCCAGCUGUGAACGGGAUCGUCUUUCUCGUCGAUUGUGCAGAUUAUCAGCGUCUUCUUGAGUCCAAGAUUGAGCUCGAUGCGUUGCUGUCAGAUGAGACCAUAUCGAAUGUGCCGGUCUUGGUGUUGGGGAAUAAAAUCGAUCGACCGGAAGCAGUGAGUGAAGACAAGCUACGGGAGCUCUUUGCUCUUAAUGGACAGACCACUGGGAAGGGAAUCGUGUCGUUGAAGGAGCUGAAUGCACGGCCAUUAGAAGUCUUCAUGUGCAGUGUGCUAAAGAAACAGGGCUACGGGGAAGGGUUCCGGUGGCUCUCGCAGUACAUUGAUUGAGUUAACGGAGGUUUCUGCUCGAAAGGACUCCUACCUCUGAGUGAUGAACGUUAAAAAGAGAGAGACUGAGACUGUGAUAAAGGACUAAGGAAGAACAUGGUGUAUUAGCAUGAGAAAUAGUUUUUAAAAACUAACACACACACACAACAUUCCGGUCACCUGGAACAUUCCAUCCAAAUUAUGAUUUUAAGUUAUGUUGUCUGAAGACAUUUACAGUAUUAAAGUAUUUAACAGACA